AUGGCAGGCCUGCGCGACAAGGUGGCGGAGCAGGAGUCGGAGAUGGCAGCCCUCCGCCAGGCGCUUGCUGAGGCGCGGCGUGGGAGCACUGCUGCUGGCGCGACGCUGCGCGACGGUGGUGCUGAUGUGCAGGCGCUGCGGGACCAAAUGGCAGAGCAGGCGGCGGAGAUGGCAGGCCUGCGCGACAAGGUGGCGGAGCAGGAGUCGGAGAUGACAGCCCUCCGCCAGGCGCUUGCUGAGGCGCGGCGCGGAAGCACUGCUGCUGGCGCGACGCUGCGCGACGGUGGUGCUGUCGUGCAGGCGCUGCGGGACCAAAUAGCGGAGCAGGCGGCGGAGAUGGCAGGCCUGCGCGACAAGGUGGCGGAGCAGGAGUCGGAGAUGACAGCCCUCCGCCAGGCGCUUGCUGAGGCGCGGCGUGCGAGCACUGCUGCUGGCGCGACGCUGCGCGACGGUGGUGCUGUCGUGCAGGCGCUGCGGGACCAAAUAGCGGAGCAGGCGGCGGAGAUGGCAGGCCUCCGCCAGGCGCUUGCUGAGGCGCGGCGCGGAAGCACUGCUGCUGGCGCGACGCUGCGCGACAGUGGUGCUGACGUGCAGGCGCUGCGGGACCAAAUAGCGGAGCAGGCGGCGGAGAUGGCAGGCCUGUGCGACAAGGUGGCGGAGCAGGAGUCGGAGAUGACAGCCCUCCGCCAGGCGCUUGCUGAGGCGCGGCGUGCGAGCACUGCUGCUGGCGCGACGCUGCGCGACGGUGGUGCUGUCGUGCAGGCGCUGCGGGACCAAAUAGCGGAGCAGGCGGCGGAGAUGGCAGGCCUGCGCGACAAGGUGGCGGAGCAGGAGUCGGAGAUGGCAGCCCUCCGCCAGGCGCUUGCUGAGGCGCGGCGCGGAAGCACUGCUGCUGGCGCGACGCUGCGCGACAGUGGUGCUGUCGUGCAGGCGCUGCGGGACCAAAUGGCGGAGCAGGCGGCGGAGAUGGCAGGCCUGCGCGACAAGGUGGCGGAGCAGGAGUCGGAGAUGACAGCCCUCCGCCAGGCGCUUGCUGAGGCGCGGCGUGCGAGCACUGCUGCUGGCGCGACGCUGCGCGACGGUGGUGCUGUUGUGCAGGCGCUGCGGGACCAAAUAGCGGAGCAGGCGGCGGAGAUGGCAGCCCUCCGCCAGGCGCUUGCUGAGGCGCGGCGUGGGAGCACUGCUGCUGGCGCGACGCUGCGCGACGGUGGUGCUGUCGUGCAGGCGCUGCGGGACCAAAUAGCGGAGCAGGCGGCGGAGAUGGCAGGCCUGCGCGACAAGGUGGCGGAGCAGGAGUCGGAGAUGACAGCCCUCCGCCAGGCGCUUGCUGAGGCGCGGCGUGGAAGCACUGCUGCUGGCGCGACGCUGCGCGACGGUGGUGCUGUCGUGCAGGCGCUGCGGGACCAAAUAGCGGAGCAGGCGGCGGAGAUGGCAGGCCUGCGCGACAAGGUGGCGGAGCAGGAGUCGGAGAUGGCAGCCCUCCGCCAGGCGCUUGCUGAGGCGCGGCGUGGGAGCACUGCUGCUGGCGCGACGCUGCGCGACGGUGGUGCUGAUGUGCAGGCGCUGCGGGACCAAAUGGCAGAGCAGGCGGCGGAGAUGACAGGCCUGCGCGACAAGGUGGCGGAGCAGGAGUCGGAGAUGACAGCCCUCCGCCAGGCGCUUGCUGAGGCGCGGCGCGGAAGCACUGCUGCUGGCGCGACGCUGCGCGACAGUGGUGCUGACGUGCAGGCGCUGCGGGACCAGAUGGCAGAGCAGGCGGCGGAGAUGACAGGCCUGCGCGACAAGGUGGCGGAGCAGGAGUCGGAGAUGGCAGCCCUCCGCCAGGCGCUUGCUGAGGCGCGGCGUGGGAGCACUGCUGCUGGCGCGACGCUGCGCGACGGUGGUGCUGUCGUGCAGGCGCUGCGGGACCAAAUAGCGGAGCAGGCGGCGGAGAUGGCAGCCCUCCGCCAGGCGCUUGCUGAGGCGCGGCGUGGGAGCACUGCUGCUGGCGCGACGCUGCGCGACGGUGGUGCUGAUGUGCAGGCGCUGCGGGACCAAAUGGCAGAGCAGGCGGCGGAGAUGACAGGCCUGCGCGACAAGGUGGCGGAGCAGGAGUCGGAGAUGACAGCCCUCCGCCAGGCGCUUGCUGAGGCGCGGCGCGGAAGCACUGCUGCUGGCGCGACGCUGCGCGACGGUGGUGCUGUCGUGCAGGCGCUGCGGGACCAAAUAGCGGAGCAGGCGGCGGAGAUGACAGGCCUGCGCGACAAGGUGGCGGAGCAGGCGGCGGAGAUGACAGCCCUCCGCCAGGCGCUUGCUGAGGCGCGGCGUGGGAGCACUGCUGCUGGCGCGACGCUGCGCGACAGUGGUGCUGACGUGCAGGCGCUGCGGAACCAAAUAGCGGAGCAGGAGUCGGAGAUGGCAGCCCUCCGCCAGGCGCUUGCUGAGGCGCGGCGCGGAAGCACUGCUGCUGGCGCGACGCUGCGCGACAGUGGUGCUGACGUGCAGGCGCUGCGGGACCAAAUUGCGGAGCAGGCGGCGGAGAUGACAGGCCUGCGCGACAAGGUGGCGGAGCAGGAGUCGGAGAUGGCAGCCCUCCGCCAGGCGCUUGCUGAGGCGCGGCGUGGGAGCACUGCUGCUGGCGCGACGCUGCGCGACGGUGGUGCUGUCGUGCAGGCGCUGCGGGACCAAAUAGCGGAGCAGGAGUCGGAGAUGGCAGCCCUCCGCCAGGCGCUUGCUGAGGCGCGGCGUGGGAGCACUGCUGCUGGCGCGACGCUGCGCGACGGUGGUGCUGAUGUGCAGGCGCUGCGGGACCAAAUGGCAGAGCAGGCGGCGGAGAUGACAGGCCUGUGCGACAAGGUGGCGGAGCAGGAGUCGGAGAUGACAGCCCUCCGCCAGGCGCUUGCUGAGGCGCGGCGCGGAAGCACUGCUGCUGGCGCGACGCUGCGCGACGGUGGUGCUGUCGUGCAGGCGCUGCGGGACCAAAUAGCGGAGCAGGCGGCGGAGAUGACAGGCCUGCGCGACAAGGUGGCGGAGCAGGAGUCGGAGAUGACAGCCCUCCGCCAGGCGCUUGCUGAGGCGCGGCGUGGGAGCACUGCUGCUGGCGCGACGCUGCGCGACAGUGGUGCUGACGUGCAGGCGCUGCGGAACCAAAUAGCGGAGCAGGAGUCGGAGAUGGCAGCCCUCCGCCAGGCGCUUGCUGAGGCGCGGCGCGGAAGCACUGCUGCUGGCGCGACGCUGCGCGACAGUGGUGCUGACGUGCAGGCGCUGCGGGACCAAAUUGCGGAGCAGGCGGCGGAGAUGACAGGCCUGCGCGACAAGGUGGCGGAGCAGGAGUCGGAGAUGGCAGCCCUCCGCCAGGCGCUUGCUGAGGCGCGGCGCGGAAGCACUGCUGCUGGCGCGACGCUGCGCGACAGUGGUGCUGACGUGCAGGCGCUGCGGGACCAAAUAGCGGAGCAGGCGGCGGAGAUGACAGGCCUGCGCGACAAGGUGGCGGAGCAGGCGGCGGAGAUGACAGCCCUCCGCCAGGCGCUUGCUGAGGCGCGGCGCGGGAGCACUGCUGCUGGCGCGACGCUGCGCGACGGUGCUGUCGUGCAGGCGCUGCGGGACCAGAUGGCAGAGCAGGCGGCGAUGGCAGCCCUCCGCCAGGCGCUUGCUGAGGCGCGGCGCGGGAGCACUGCUGCUGGCGCGACGCUGCGCGACGGUGCUGACGUGCAGGCGCUGCGGGACCAAAUGGCGGAGCAGGCGGCGGAGAUGACAGGCCUGCGCGACAAGGUGGCGGAGCAGGCGGCGGAGAUGACAGGCCUGCGCGACAAGGUGGCGGAGCAGGAGUCGGAGAUGGCAGCCCUCCGCCAGGCGCUUGCUGAGGCGCGGCGCGGGAGCACUGCUGCUGGCGCGACGCUGCGCGACGGUGCUGACGUGCAGGCGCUGCGGGACCAAAUGGCGGAGCAGGCGGCGGAGAUGACAGGCCUGCGCGACAAGGUGGCGGAGCAGGCGGCGGAGAUGACAGCCCUCCGCCAGGCGCUUGCUGAGGCGCGGCGAGGAAGCACUGCUGCUGGCGCGACGCUGCGCGACAGUGGUGCUGACGUGCAGGCGCUGCGGGACCAGAUGGCAGAGCAGGCGGCGGAGAUGGCAGCCCUCCGCCAGGCGCUGCUAGGCGCGCGCGAGCAGACUCGG